UAAAUAAAUAAAGGUUUGAGAUGUGUUGGGAAAUUUGCAUAUGUUAUUUCCUCUAAUCCUUUACAAGCCCUCUGAUAUAGGUAUUAUUAUCCAACUUUGACAGAGGAAGACACGAGGGUUGGGGAACCUACCGAGGUCACAUGGUUACUAGGCGAUACAGGCAGUAUGAGAGCCCAGUCCAUGCACCCCAGAUGACAUGCUCUUUCCCACUUCAUCACCGUCCCUGCACUCUGCUGCAUGGCUGGCCCCUCCAUUCAUUAGGGAGAAAAAGGAAGCAUUCACUCUGAUUCCAACAAAGGGAAUAGGCCCUGCUGCUGUAGAAACUUGCAUUUACAUACCAUUUUACCAUUGUUUACGUUUCCACCCACUGGUACCUACAUUAUCUUUUCUGUUCCUCACAACCACCCUAUGAUUUGGUAGAGAGAAUCGUAUUCUAAGAUAAAGUAGCUCAGAGAUGUUAAAUGAGCUGCCCAAAAUCACACAGCUGACAGGCAGAUCCGUACAGUGGAAACAGUCCCGCUAGACUGAAGAGGCACUGGACUAGGUAGAAUUUAACCCACAACAAGAGCUACCCCUGCCCAAAUCAUCCCUUUUUCUAGCACUCAUUUUUUUAAACUACAGGGGAUUAUGAACUCGGAUGGAUUCUGCGUUUAUGGUGGGAAUGUUUCAGCUGUAAAGCAGCGGGAGAAUCAAAGGGUGGUUGCCCUUUGGAGCAGGAUGAAAGUUCAGCCUCAUGCCUUCAACAACAGGGCACUCAUUUGAGUUGAACAUUGACUUUUUUCUGGAUAAAGGCUAUUGGAAACAUGAGUAAUGUGGGAUUAUUUGUGGUUAUUUAAAAUCAUAUUGCCAAAGACUGUUUUUAGUAAAAACCAUUAUCACCAAAGGCCUGUUUUUAGUCUCUCUGCAAGGAAAAGGAAAUAACUUUGUCACGUAAGAAAAGAAAGCAAGGUGAGAAGGAACCAGCAUUUAAUGAGCAUCAGUUAUGUGCCAGGAGAUGUGCACAUAGCUUCUCACUGAAUCCUGACAGCACUCUCUGAAAGUAGAAAUCAUGGUCCCACCAUUAGAAAAGAAAGCCGAAACUCACUAAGGUUAAAAAGUUGGAUCAAAACCAUGCACCUAAUGAGAGGCAGGGCCAGGCAUGGAACCCAGGUCCGCCUGGUUCUUUUCACUACACCUAGCUGCCCCCCCUUACUUUAAACAUUAUGGCAAAAUUCUUUCCAGGGCGCAGAAGGGAGGGGAAAAUUUUUUUAGAACAGGGCACACUGGAAAAUACUGGAGUGUAGAGGGCAAGUGGCAAACAGUGAGGCUGAAAUGAUGAAUGGCCUUGAAUGCCACCCUCAGGAGUCUGGGUUUUACCCAAGGAAAGGAUGUUGUACAGGCCGUAUUUUGAUUCAGACAAUUCCUUUCCUGGUCUGUUACUGGGAAAACACGUUUAUUGGGCACUGAAGCAGUCAAAGAUGAUGGCAAGGAAAUGGUGAUCUGCCAAAAAGUGUCUUGGCUACAGCUUGGUCCACUAAAACAGAGAAGUACGGAUGCUAACUGGCCUCCACUUGGGAUCUGCCCCGCAGCCAGCAGGCUAGGAACCUGGCCCCAGUGAAGGUCACCAAGCCAGUUACUGACCCGACUUGGCCUAUGAGCCACAAGGUACCCUCGGGGAAGAAGCAUGGGGAGCCGAGGAAGCCUGAGAGCCCUGUUCCUCAAACCUGCCUGCUGAACUUUCUGAUGACUUUGCAAACCAGUCAACAGUUCGGCACAAAGACAUCCAGAGUCACGCUGGCAUGUUGUGACAGAUCACACAAUUACAUGGGAUUCAUCCCAUUCUGAAAGUGCCUGAACAGCGAACAGCAGAGGUAAAAGGACUCAAAUGUCAAAGCCGGCACAGCCUGAGAGAGACCUGAAACUCAGACUCCCCAGUCUAUGGGGAAAGUUUCCUGCUGUGGCUUGAAAUAAAGGAGACAGAUAGAAAAUGACAGCAAGACUUCUGAAAACACCCCUUGCUUUGCUCUUCCUUGCCCUUUUUGAGGUGCUGGAGGCAACAAAAAUAUCGUGCAGAAAUGAAGAAGGGAAAGCUGUGGAUUGGUUUACCUUUUAUAAAUUACCCAUACAAGUUAAAAGACAAAAGAAGGAAAGUAAAGGGAGUGGGUUAGAGUACCUGUACCUAGACUCUACAACUAGAAGCUGGAGGAGGAGUAAGCAGCCAAUGAAUACCACCAAGAGUGUUUUGGGAAGGACGUUACACCAGCUAUAUGAAGCAUAUGCCUCUAAGAAUAACAACACAGCCUACCUAAUAUACAAUGAUGGAGUCCCUAAAACUGUGACCUAUAGCACAAAGUAUGGACACACCAAAGGUGUAAUGCUGUGGAACAGAGUCCAGGGGUUCUGGCUGAUUCAUUCUAUUCCCCGGUUUCCUCCAAUUCCUGAAGAAGGCUAUGAUUAUCCACCCACAGGGAGACGAAAUGGACAGAGUGGCAUCUGCAUAACUUUGAAGUACAACCAGUAUGAAGCAAUAGAUUCUCAGCUCUUGGUCUGCAACCCAAACAUCUAUAGUUGUUCCAUCCCAGCCACCUUUCACCAGAAGCUCGUUCACAUAUUCCAGCUGUGCACCAGGUCCAGCUCAUCAAAGAUCCCUGGCAGGCACCUCACCAGACUUCAGUCAGUCCAGGGAGAAAAUUUCCUCCAUUUUGCAAAGUCUAAUUCUUUUCUUGAUGACAUCUUUGCAGCCUGGAUGGCUCCACAGCUGAAGACACACUUGCUAACAGAAACCUGGCAACGAACAGGACAAGAUCUUCCUUCAAACUGCUCCCUUCCUUACCAUGUCUACAAUAUCAAAGCAAUUAAGUUGUCUCAACAAACUUAUUUCAAUUCUUCUCAGGAUCACUCCAAGUGGUGUAUUUCCCAAAAGGGCACCAAAAAUCACUGGACAUGUAUUGGAGACAUAAAUCGGAGCGCAUCCCAAGCCUUCAGAAGUGGAGGAUUCAUUUGUACCCAGAAUCGGCAUAUUUACCAAGCAUUUCAAGGAUUAGUUUUAUAUUAUGAAAAGUGUAACUAAAUUUGGUGAAAGGACACAUGUACUAUCAUUGAAAACAUUGAUAACUGGUUUUCUUCCAUGGGAACCAUUCUUUAUAUAUUAAAAGCCUACUAAUAUGCUCAUAAUCCACAUAUCAUAAAAUAAAAUACUUUUCUCAAAUGUCUGCCAUU